AUGGACAUUAAGGGGAAAACAAAGGAUAAUGCUAAGUCACGAUUGGACCUUCCCCUUUACUGUAAACGUAGAGUUUUAGAGUUGGUGGAGAAUGGAAACGGUAAAUCUCUCAAACCGAAAGCACAAUUUUGUCUCAACAUGGAGCAGAAAAGGGCUGUUUGUCAUUGGGUCUCCAGUUUGAAGUUGCCAGACGGCUAUGCCUCCAACCUCGGUAGAUGCGUAGACAUGAGAGAAGGAAAGCUGUUUGGGAUGAAAAGUCAUGACUGUCAUGUUUUCAUGGAGCGACUUCUUCCACUUGCAUUUAGGGCAUUGCCGGAGCCCAUUUGGGCUACCAUUACUGAGUUGAGUCACUUUUGUAGAGAUAUAUGUUCAACUAUAUUGCGCGAGGAUCAAUUGAUCAUCAUGGAGGCGAAUAUUCCUGUGAUCCUUUCUAAAUUGGAGCGUAUAUUUCCCCCAUCUUUCUUUGAUUCUAUGGAACAUCUCCUGAUACAUCUACCAUUCGAAGCAAGGAUGGGUGGGCCUGUACAAUACAGAUGGAUGUAUCCUUUUGAAAAGUUCCUUCACUUCUUAAAGAAGAAGGUUAAAAAUAAAUCUCGUGUAGAAGGAUCUAUUUGUGAAGCAUAUAUUGUCGAAGAGACAUCAACAUUUGCUUCGUAUUAUUUUGAACCACAUGUGAGCUCUCGACGAACCAGAGUGCCACGAAAUGAUGACGAUGGUACUUUCAACCUGGAAUUCCCUACCAUUUCGAUCUUCAAUCAACCUGGUCGUCUUGCUGGUGAGGCUGGUAGGCGUUACCUCACUGAUAAAGAAUAUGAUGCAGCAACAUUAUAUGUGUUUCUGAAUUGUGAUAUUGUCCAGCCGUUUAUAAACCUGUUUACAAGUUUCGUGCGAGCAUCAGCACCUACAUUAUCAUAUGACGAAGUUGACUAUGAAAUUGAGAAGGGUUUCGCAUCAUGGUUUAGACAGUAUGUUUAUGACCCACAAAACAUGAUUACUGACGAACUCCUACGAGACGUGUCUAAGGGACCAUUGAGGAGGGUUGAGAUAUGGAAUACAUAUUAUGUCAAUGGAUACAAAUUUGAAACUGAUGCCAGAAGUGAAGGCAAGUCAACUACCAACAGUGGUGUAUGCAUACGGGGAACUGAUUAUGGACAGUCAGAAUAUGACUACUACAGAAUCUUGAAAGAGAUUGUUCAAUUGGAUUUCUUAGGACUACCGAAAAGAAAAUUUGUUAUUUUUAAUUGUGAGUGGUUUGACCCUACUCCUAAUCGAGGAACGCGAAUCCAUAAGCAGUAUGGGAUUUUUGAUGUGAAACGUAAAGGGAGGUACAAAAAGUUUGAUCCAUUUAUAAUUGCACAACAAGCGGAGCAAGUAUACUUUGCUCCUUAUCCAGAAGGGAUACGUGAUCGACAAGAUUGGUGGGUCGUGAUUAAGACGAAAGCGAGACACACAAUUACUGCACAAUUAAAGCAAAUGGAUGAUGCCUUUCAAGACGAUGCAGUACCAGUUUCUCAAGUUAGAGGAGAUACUGAUCAAAUAGAGUCUCUCGUCGACAAUGAAGCUGAACCUGAUGAAGUGGAUUCCAAUUCUCCAAGGCAAAUGAUUGAGGAAAAGACUGAUGAUGACGAUGAAGAAGAAGAAUCAGAAUUUGAUGAUUCUCAGACAGAGGAAGAGCCGGAAGAUGAUUAG